GGUUCUUAUACUGCCGCCAUUUUUGAGUGGGGCCACUGAAAGAUGGCUUGUGUCACUGUCUAUACCGGUGAUCACUUUAGCCGCGCGUCUAAUAACCCGAGUACCGAAGAUCGUGUCUCGAAAAAAGUGCUCCUUUUUCAAGUUCCGAUAUGUUCCCUAUGUGCUUCCUUUCCCUUAUCCAAGAUGGCUGAAACAGAGUCACUCUCUGCUCUAGCUGCCGGAAAUCUGUGAGCCUCUAUGGUCCGAAAGGUUCUUUCGCGGUGCGCCUCUGACGAUUUCCGGCUGCUCCUCUCGCGGGGAUUGGCUGUUGGCGGCGUUGCGGGUAAGCUCGUGUGCGGCGGCGGAGUCGGCAUCGGCUGCAGCGGGAGACUUUGGCGCGAUGUCUCACACCAUCUUGCUGGUACAGCCUACCAAGAGGCCAGAAGGCAGAACUUACGCUGACUAUGAAUCUGUGAAUGAGUGUAUGGAAGGUGUUUGUAAAAUGUAUGAAGAACAUCUGAAGAGAAUGAAUCCCAACAGCCCCUCUAUCACAUAUGAUAUCAGUCAGUUGUUUGAUUUUAUUGAUGACCUGGCAGACCUCAGCUGCCUUGUUUACCGAGCUGAUACCCAGACAUACCAGCCUUAUAACAAAGAUUGGAUUAAAGAGAAGAUCUACGUGCUCCUUCGUCGACAGGCCCAACAGGCUGGGAAAUAGUGGAGUUUGGAAGCAUUAGGGGAACAGGGGUGGGCUUGGAACACAGAUUUGUGCAGUGUGCUGUAGUGGAAGUUUUGUAUUAUAGUUAUCCUGUUUCCAUUUUGGUAUACCGUAGCCAGAAUUGAAUGUAUUAGAUAAAAUGUGAUGAUCUUGUCCAAUCUGAAAACCCUUUGCCCUCCUCCCCCCCUUUUUUUUUACUUAAACAUUUUUAUGAUGAUUUAGAUGGAAGUUGGUUUUUGUCAGUUAACGUUGGUUCCAGUCCCUCAAACUGUUCAUACCUGCUUUAUAACAUCCACUGUACUAAUCUUCCUUCAAAUUGGGGUGGGGAGUGGAGGCGCAGUUUAGUUACGUCCUCAAGAUAAAGUCUUGGUGAAAAACAAAUAAAUGUUCUUUAGUUAUAUUUU